AACACGAGAGUAUGAGAGCUCGGUGCUGCAAAACACACGGGUUGUUUGCAGAGAUUGCGACACUGACUGGGUAUUGCCACCUCUGAGAUGUGAUCCUACCAGUCUGAGUGCUGUCUAAGAGGAGAAGCGUUUCUUUGAAAGAGUGAACCUACAGUCUCGGAGGAGCAGAUCUUUUUAUUUACGCUGUAAACGAGGUGAGCUGACUUUCUGCUAUAAAGUAUCGAAUGACGCUUUGAAAGGACGGGAACUUUUCUGGGAGAUCUUGACAUCUUGACUGACCUCCUCUUGCAUUUGGACCCUAACAACAUGCUUCUGGAUUUGAAUGUCCUCUUCUUCUGGACAUUUGGACAAAGGAUUUCUUCUGAUAUUUAUAUUAGUUGUUGAUCUGCUGAACCCCCUGGAAUCAUGGGAGACUUGAGGCAGACGAUUGGGGUCAUGUCACAUACUAUAUGCCCCGGUUCUGCAGCUGCAUCUAAGGAGGACUUAAAAGUUCCAAAUGGUGUUCAGAGAGAGAAGAUGCAGAUGAAGAGAGAGAUUUCCCUCAUCAAUGGUAUCUGCCUCAUCGUUGGCAACAUGAUAGGCUCUGGGAUCUUUAUCUCACCGAAGGGUGUUCUGAUGUACAGCUCUUCCUAUGGACUCUCUCUAGUGAUUUGGGCCUUGGGGGGUAUCUUCUCUGUGUUUGGAGCCUUGUGCUACGCAGAGCUGGGAACCACCAUCACCAAAUCCGGAGCCAGCUACGCCUACAUCCUGGAGUCAUUCGGAGGCUUCCUGGCUUUUAUUCGCCUCUGGACGUCCAUCCUGCUUAUUGAGCCGGCUAGCCAGGCAGUGAUUUCCCUGACUUUCGCCAACUACCUGCUGGAGGCUUUCUACCCCACCUGCCAGCCUCCAUAUGACGGAGUUCGACUCAUUGCCGCAGCCUGCCUCUGUAUUCUUAUCUUCAUCAACUGCGCUUAUGUAAAAUGGGGAACUCUGGUUCAGGACGUCUUCACUUAUGCGAAACUCAUGGCGCUGUUCCUCAUUAUCUGCAUUGGCAUCUUGAAGAUGGUGGCAGGAGAGAUGAAGACCUUUGAGAAUCCAUUUGAAGGCUCAUCCACAGAUCCAGGAGACAUCUCUUUGGCUCUCUACUCCGCCCUUUUCUCCUACUCUGGUUGGGAUACACUUAACUUUGUUACAGAGGAGAUUCAGAACCCAGAGAGGAAUCUGCCACUGGCCAUCGCCGUCUCCAUGCCCAUUGUGACCAUCAUCUACCUGCUGACCAACGCUGCAUACUAUGUUGUUUUGGACAUGCCGUCCCUGCUGUCUAGUGAUGCUGUCGCUGUGACGUUUGGAAAUGCAGUUCUGGGGCCGUUCAACUGGAUCAUCCCUGUGUCGGUGGCCAUGUCCUGCUACGGAGGACUCAACGCUUCCAUCAUUGCUGCCUCCCGGCUGUUUUUUGUGGGAGCCAGAGAAGGACACCUCCCAGACAGCCUCAGCUUGAUCCACCUCCAGCGCUACACACCCAUACCCGCUCUGCUGUUCAAUGGUGUGAUGGGCCUGAUCUUCCUGUGCGUGGAGGACGUGUUUCAGCUCAUCAGCUACUUUAGCUUCAGCUACUGGUUCUUUGUUGGGCUCUCGGUGGCCGGCCUCAUCCACCUACGCAUCACCCAGCCGGACAGGCACAGACCUGUCAAGCUGACAUUAUUCUUCCCCUUCGUCUACUGCCUGUGCAGCCUGUUUUUGGUCAUUGUGCCUCUCUAUGGAGACACCAUCAACUCUCUAAUAGGAAUUGCCAUUGCUCUCUCUGGCAUUCCAGUAUAUUAUGUGGCGGUUUAUCUGCCGGAGGAGAGGAGACCCGGAUUCCUGCGUAAACUGAACAAUUUCACCACCAGAUACACCCAGAUGAUGCUUUACUGCUGCCUGACUGAGUUUGACAUGGAGGCGGACGUGCAAACAAGAGACAAAACAAACUGAAUCACAGAUACUAUUAGCCUGCCGAGUAGAACAAAAAAAUGGAUACCACAUAGAAGGAAUUGCUCAAAAACUUUUCUUUUCCUGCUCCAUUCCUGCUGAGAUCAAAUAAAAACGUGAGGAUUUGAGGGAAACUGUUCAACCAAACUUGAAUUUGUGGUAAAAUUGUUAUUUUGGAAACAUUUUGUUUUUGUGAAAAGGAAACUAAAAGUCUUGCACAAAACACGAGUCAACAUUUUCUUUGCAAUAUUACAUAAAAAAGUUAAUCAUUUGAAUAAUAUAUAUAAUAUCAUGUCUGUACGCUGAUUAGCUUUAAAAGUUUCAUCUAAUUUAAUUAUUUUUUUUAACUUAUUUGACUCAGUACACAACGAUAAAAAGUAAAGCAAAAACAAUUUGUUAUACAAUGUGUUUGGUUUUGCACUUUAAAUCCAAUAUAAGUUUGUGUGGUUUUGUGAAUGAGAAAGGAAACAGAAAUAUCAGCAAAAGAAAUUUUUUUGUUAAGAGCAUGCAUUUCAUUCCAUCUCCAUUUCAUCUCAAAUGACAAAAAUAAAAACAUUUUAUAAUAAUUUUCUUUGUUUGACUUUUUUGCUAUGUUAAAAAUACUUUUGUUUUUUUUCUUUCAAUGCUCAAUUUUAUUGAGAAAGCCAGCUGCACAAUUGCAUGUAAGGCGCAAUAAGUCCUAACAUGAAGGUUUUGGAAACACCAAAGGGAUUAUCAUAAAUAUAAACAGAUGUCUUGGUUUUAUUGUUUUCAUCUAUAAAUCCCAAAUGAGAUUCAUCCUUUGAUGAACAUACCCAAUCCUUAUAAAAAUGGAUGAUAUCUUUGGAA